AAGCCGCAGCGGACGCACACGACUAUCACCGCCGUCACCGGGCUUCCCUUCCGGGGCUUCACGAGCAGCACCUCGCCGAUAGAUGGCUAGAAGAUCCGGAUCAGCUUUUCCUCAGUCUGAACGCUGAAGAGAAUGUCCCAGAAGUCCUGGAUAGAAAACACGUUCACCAGGAGGGAAUGUGUUUAUAUACUGCCCGUGUCCAAAGACCCGCACAGAUGUCUGCCGGGAUGUCAGAUCUGUCAGCAGCUCGUACGAUGCUGCUGCGGGCGUUUGGUCCGGCAGCACGUGGGCUUCAGUGCGACUCUGCCGGUGAAAUACUCAGACGUGCGUUUGGCUGAAGGGGAGCUGUCAGAUGUGGAGCGGUGGUCUGUGGAAAAACAUACCGAGGAGACGCCCACUGACGCUUAUGGAGUCAUCAACUUCCAGGGCGGAUCUCAUUCAUACAGAGCCAAGUAUGUGCGUUUGUCAUACGACUCUCGACCGGAAGCCAUCUUGAGACUCAUGCUGAAGGAAUGGCAGAUGGAGCUGCCGAAGAUCGUCAUCAGCGUUCACGGCGGCACCCAGAACUUUGACCUGCAUCCACGGAUCAAACAUGUGGUGGGAAAAGGACUCAUUAAAGCUGCCGUGACCACAGGGGCCUGGAUCCUGACGGGCGGAGUCAACACAGGUGUGGCCAAGCAUGUGGGCGACGCGCUGAAAGAACAUCUAUCCAGAUCAUCACGCAAAAUCUGCACGAUUGGAAUCGCACCCUGGGGAGUGAUCGAAAACAGAAACGACCUCAUCGGAAGAGAUGUUGUUGCACCGUAUCACACUCUGUUGAACCCUCUCAGUAAACUCAACGUGUUGAAUAACUUUCACUCACACUUCAUUCUGGUGGAUGACGGGACGGUGGGGAAAUACGGAGCUGAAGUCAAACUGAGGAGAGAGCUGGAGAAACACAUCAACCUCCAGAGAAUACACGCACGCAUCGGUCAGGGAGUCCCUGUGGUAGCACUGAUUUUUGAAGGAGGGCCGAACGUGAUCCUGACGGUGUUGGAGUAUCUGCAGGAGAGCCCACCGGUGCCUGUGGUGGUGUGUGAGGGAACCGGACGAGCCGCUGAUAUACUGGCAUACGUCCACAAACAGACAGAGCCAGACGGUGCACUGCCUGACGGUGUUGAAGCUGACAUUAUCGCCACAAUCAAGAAAAUGUUCAACUUCAGUCAAAGUGACGCGCUGCAUCUGUUCCAAACACUCAUGGAGUGCAUGAAGAGCAAAGAGCUGAUCACAGUAUUUCACGUUGGUUCAGAAGAUCAAGACAUUGAUGUGGCGAUUCUCAAGAGUCUUCUCAAAGGCACAAACGCAUCAGCCUUUGAUCAGCUGGUCCUGACGCUGGCGUGGGACAGGGUGGACAUCGCUAAAGAUCACGUCUUUGUUUAUGGACAACAGUUGCUGGUGGGCUCUCUUGAACAGGCCAUGUUGGAUGCGUUGGUGAUGGAUCGUGUGGAGUUCGUGAAACUUCUCAUUGAGAACGGCGUCAGCAUGCACAGAUUCCUGACAAUCACACGCCUGGAGGAGCUCUACAACACGAAACAAACACCAACAAACCCAACGCUCUAUCACCUGCUGAGAGACGUCAAACAGGGUAACCUCCCCCCCAAUUACAAAAUCACAUUAAUCGAUGUUGGAUUGGUGAUCGAGUAUCUCAUGGGAGGAACGUACAGAUGUAACUACACCCGCAAACGCUUCCGCAUCAUCUACAACAACCUGCACGGAAACAGUCGGCGGUCAGGGAGACACACAGGCAGCACCUCGCACGAGUCCUUCAGCAUUCAAGCAGAUAAAAAAGAGAAAACCAGACACAAUCACUUCAUCAAGACGGCACAGCCCUACAAACCCAAACCGGACUCCACUUCUGAGCAGCAGAAGAAGAAGAGCAAAGAGGAGGUGGUGGACAUCGAUGACCCCGAGACCCGGCGCUUCCCGUACCCCUUCAAUGAGCUGCUGGUGUGGGCCGUGCUGAUGAAGAGACAGAAGAUGUCUCUGUUCUUCUGGCAGCACGGAGAAGAGUCCAUGGCCAAAGCUCUGGUGGCCUGCAAACUCCUGCGCUCCAUGGGCUACGAGGCCAAGAAGAGCGACGUGGUGGACGACACCUCAGAGGAGCUGAAGGAAUACUCCAAUGAGUUCGGGACGCUGGCGGUGGAUCUGUUGGAGCAGUCGUUCAGGCAGGACGAGACCAUGGCCAUGAAGCUCCUGACGUACGAGCUGAAGAACUGGAGCAACUCCACCUGUUUGAAGCUGGCCGUGUCGUCUCGACUCCGCCCCUUCGUGGCUCACACCUGCACACAGAUGCUGCUGUCCGACAUGUGGAUGGGACGACUGAACAUGCGCAAAAACUCCUGGUACAAGGUGAUCUUGAGCAUCCUCGUUCCUCCGGCAAUCCUUCUGCUGGAGUACAAGACCAAAGCUGAGAUGUCCCACAUUCCCCAGUCUCAAGACGCCCAUCAGAGCAUGGAGGACAGCGAACACAACCUGCAAAACCCUGAUGACAUCCAGAUGGACGUGUUUAAGGAAGUUCGUACCAAUGACAACGCAGAAAUCAAAAGUGAAUCGGAGGUCCAUGUUCGUUCUCGCCGCUUACCCAUCACACGCAAGUUCUACGCUUUUUACCACGCUCCCAUCGUCAAGUUCUGGUUCAACACGCUCUUUUAUAUCGGCUUCCUGAUGUUAUAUUCAUAUGUGGUGUUGGUGAAAAUGGAGCCCCUUCCAUCACCUCAGGAAUGGGUCGUCAUUCUCUACAUCUUCACACUGGCUGUGGAGAAGAUACGUGAGAUGUUCAUGUCAGAAGGAGGAAAGAUCAGUCAGAAGAUUAAAGUCUGGUUUACAGAUUAUUUCAAUAUUUCUGACUUUCUGGCCAUCCUCAUGUUCUUCGUGGGGUUCGGUCUGCGUUUUGGGGUGGGAAACGUGUUAAUCACGGGCCGGAUCGUCUACUGUUUGAAUAUCAUCUUCUGGUACGUGCGGCUGCUGGAUAUUCUGGCCGUCAAUCAGCACGCCGGCCCGUACGUCAUGAUGAUCGGAAAAAUGGUGGCUAACAUGUUUUAUAUCGUGGUGAUCAUGGCGGUUGUGUUGCUGAGUUUCGGAGUUCCUCGUAAAGCCAUAUUGUACCCGAACGAGGAACCCUCGUGGACUUUAGCCAAAGACGCGGUUUUCCAGCCGUACUGGAUGAUGUACGGGGAAGUGUACGCCUAUGAGAUUGACGUGUGUGCAAACUCCACCGAUAAUAAUGUUAUAGGUCUGUGUGGCGCGGGCGUGUGGUUGACACCUCUGCUUCAGGCCGUCUAUCUCUUCGUUCAGUAUAUUCUAAUGGUCAAUCUGCUCAUCGCCUUCUUCAAUAACGUGUACCUGCAGGUGAUGUCCAUGUCAAACCUGGUGUGGAAAUACCAGCGAUACCAUUUCAUCCUGGCGUAUCACGACAAACCCAUCCUGCCCCCCCCUCUGAUUCUGCUCAGUCACGUGGUGUCUCUGCUGUCGUCCAUCUGCAGGAAGAGAAAAAAGGACAGCGGCACCUAUGGGCCGAAACUCUUCCUGACAGAGGAGGACCAGAAGAAGCUUCACGACUUUGAGGAACAGUGUGUGGAGACGUACUUCCAUGAGAAAGACGACCACUUUCAUUCUGGGAGUGAAGAGAGAAUCCGACUCACAUCUGACAGGGUGGAGACGAUGUGCGUUCAGCUGAAGGAGGUCGGGAACAAAGUGAACUUCAUUAAGCGAUCGCUGCACACUCUGGAUUCUCAGAUCGGACACCUGCAGGAUCUCUCGGCGCUCACGGUGGACACGCUGAAGGCCCUGACGGCACAGCGGGCAUCUGAGGCCAGCAAAGUCCACAACCAGAUCACCCGUGAGCUCAGCGUCUCCAAGAACCUGGGGCCCGGCCCGGGUGACAUCACGGGACACUCCAAAUCCAGCGCUCUGGUGCGGUGCAGCGUGGGUUUCCUGCCCCCCGCCACCAGCAUAGCGGACUCGCUGUUCGGGGGCGGAGCCAAAGACAGAACACAGCAUCACGAGGCCGAGCCUCCUUUGAGCCCGGGAAGGUACUUCGCUCCGUUGGCGCCCGAGGCCAGGUCGUCUGGUCACGCCGCACCGCAGACGCGCUCGCUCAGGGAUUCUCACAGGCGCUCUCCUCAGCCGGGUCGGCGCGAGGGGAAUGCCGGCCAUGCCGAAGAUGCCGCUCCCUGUGGUCCCAUCAGCGCCCCGGCUGGAACGGCCACGUUCUUCGUCAGCACGCCCACGCAGCUCGCGGACUCUCGGACGCAUUCGCCCCCUCACGCCGGCCGCACGGAGCCGCUGCACCCCGCCGUGGAGUUUGGGGCCUUCGUGGGUGAGUAUGAGGAGGAAGGCGACCCAGUGGUGGUCGUGUGUGAAGCCAAAUGCGAGGGAUACGUGAAUCCUGCCUUCACUGAUGAUGAUGAGGUUAGAGUAGAGGAAGCCAUGAUCACCGAGCAGCCUGACAGAAUCGCUCGGCUCUCUCGCUCUCCUGAUAAUCCGCCCCAGGGACCCCAGCCUAGCGAAGCGCUCCAGAGAUCGGCCCGCAGCAGAUGCCCGCUGCAGAAGAACAGAGGUCACAAGGAUGAUUCAGAGGGUCAGAGGUCCUUCCCUAAAGAGGUUUCGGCUAGCGGCCGGCAGCUCAGUCCAUCCAGAAAGGAUCAAGAUGUGGGUCACAUGAGGACAGUGAACUCAUACGCUGGUUUCACAGAGUUUGGCAGAAACCCUUCGUUCUUGCAUCCAGAGUCCACGCUCAGUAAACAGGAGAAGAGUCGCGUGUCAUUGGAGGACAUCUCACGGCAUGAGGAUCUGUCAGCUGCUGUGCUAUUGGGUAAAUCAGUGCAAUCCAGCAAACUGACUGCAGGAGAUGAUGUUUCUAAUGCUGCAGCGGGUGUGUACGCCGCCCGACACACACACCUCAGUGCACGUAAGGACUCGAUCGGUUCUCCCUUCAAGCCCAUGGAGACUUACCAGUACUCAGCGGUGGAACGUAAUAACCUGAUGCGGUUGUCUCAGAGUAUUCCAUUUACCCCAGUGCCCCCUAAAGGUGAACCCGUCACCGUGUAUCGACUGGAGGAAAGUUCUCCAAACAGCAUAAAUAACAGCAUGUCAUCGUGGGCUCAGCGUGGACUCUGUGCAAAGAUCGAGUUCCUCAGUAAAGAGGAGAUGGGCGGCGGUCUGCGGAGGGCGCUGAAAGUUCUGUGCACCUGGUCAGAGUACGACAUUCUGAAACCAGGACACCUGUAUAUCGUCAAAUCCUUCCUACCUGGGGUGGUCAACACCUGGCAAAGCAUUUACAAAGAAGAGACGGUCCUGCAUCUCUGUCUCAGGGAAAUUCAGCAGCAGAGAGCAGCUCAGAAACUCACAUUUGCCUUCAAUCAGAUCAGACCUAAAACAAUCCCCUACUCCCCCAGGUUCCUGGAGGUUUUUCUGCUGUAUUGUCAUUCUGCGGGUCAGUGGUUCGCCAUCGAGGAGUGCAUCACCGGAGACUUCCGCAAGUUCAAUAACAACAACGGAGAUGAAAUCGUUCCCACCAAUCUGCUGGAAGAAACCAUGCUGGCGUUCAGUCACUGGACGUACGAGUACACACGGGGAGAGCUGCUUGUGCUGGAUCUGCAGGGGGUGGGCGAGAUUCUAACAGAUCCCUCCGUCAUCAAGAGUGGAGAGAAAGGGUCUUAUGAUAUGAUCUUCGGUCCUGCAAACCUGGGAGAUGAUGCCAUCCGCAAUUUCCGUGCCAAACAUCACUGUAACUCCUGCUGCAGAAAACUCAAACUUCCAGAUCUGAAGAGAAACGACUACACUCCAGAUAAACUGGCACCACAGCACGACUCCUCCGAGGGGCCGUCCCACUCCACGCCUACAGGGGGCGCCACUAAAGAACAGCGUCCUUCAAUGCGCUUAAUGCUGUGAGCCGCACACACACACACACGCGCGCGCUGUCAUGAGAAACACUGUGUGCAGGACCUGUGUGUGUUUUUAUAUGACGUGACGAUGAGAUUGUGUCGCCUCUGAACGGCAUCAGCAUCUGUUCAUUUGUUCAGAUAUGUUUUCUAAAGUCACAUGUAUAAUCAGCUUUUAAGAGUAUUUUUUAACGUUUUUAUGUCCAUAUGAAAUGAUAAAGUGGUUAAUAACUGGUACAGUAUCAAUGUAAAAUAAAGUAUUUAUUCUAAACUACAAAACGUUGCCUUCUAUAAAAUUAGCAAUUUUAAGUGCAAUGCCAGUCACUUGCUGGUUUUGUUCGAAUCAGAUUUUGUACAGAGCUGAAUGCCAACAGAAUAUGUUUUGAUGUACAGAAAACUACACAUGCACAGCAUGGCGUGUAAGGUUCAUACAUGUAGAUAAUGGGCAGAUUGCAAUGCAAAUGAUAGCGGAGUAUGUGCCGAACACAACUUUCUAAUGUUACAGCGGUACUCUUGUCUAUUACUGUCACUGGAGUAUUAUAGUGUGUGAGAGAGAUCUCGUGUAUCUCAUAGAUACAUCUAUCUGACACCAUUAUAUCAGCUGAAACGAGACAAUAUUUGAUGCUGGAGAUAUUAAUGGAUCUGUAAACAUUUUUUUACUGUACAUUUUAACAAUAAAAGACUUAAAGACGCUCA